ACCUGACGGUGGUCUCUCCAUAAGCCCCGUGAUCUCCGAAACAACAUAACAAAGUGGAGGAAACAUGGCGAGCGGAGAGGAGGCCAGAAGACGCCCCUCGGUGAGCUCGUCCUCGGUCGGCGUGGAGGACCUGUUCCCCGCGGGGGCUUCGGAGCAGAGCUGCGGGGACGGGAACCCGGAGCUGGUCCGCCUGCGGGAGCGGCUCCAGGCUUGGCUGUCGCAGUAUGAGAGCCCGCUGCUGUGGCUGCAGAGGCUGCUGGUGUGGGAGAGGCCGCUGCACAGCAUCUCCGUGGCCCUCACGCUCAACACUCUGUUCUGGCUCCUGUCCUCCACCUCCCUCAGGCCUCUGUUCCUGCUGAGCGUGUCCCUGCUGGGGCUCAUGCUGCUGGAGAGGUGGAAGCCCACCCUGCCCAUUAUUACUGUUCAACACGCGGAAGCUCGUCCUGCUCAGAGCGAAGCGAUGAGCGCCGAGCAGCAGCGGCUGCUGAGCGUCCCCGAGCUCAGCCACCACCUGGCCGAGAGCUACCUGACCUGCUGCCUGUACCUGCAGGAGAUGCUGCAGUACAAGCGGCAGAACCACGGGAAGUUCUGUGCGAUGAUGUGCAGCGGCUGCUUGGUGCUGGCUGUGGUCGGACAUUACGUACCGGGGAUUAUGAUCUCCUACAUUAUAGUGCUGAGCGUGCUGCUGUGGCCGCUGGUGGUGUACCACGAGCUGAUCCAGAGGAUGUACACCGGCCUGGAGCCCAUCCUGAUGAAGCUGGACUACAGCAUGAAGGGCGAGACCGAGCACCGCAAGCACGACAAGAGGAAGGUGAAGAAGGAGGUGGAGGAAGGGGACGAGCCGCGGGCUGAAACGGAGAGCGAGAGCGAGGAGGAGCUGUCCUGCUUUGCUCCCACGGUGGACGUGAAGACGACGGCGCUGGCGAUGGCCAUCACGGACUCGGAGCUGUCGGACGAGGAGGCGUCCAUCCUGGAGAGCGGCGGGUUCUCGGUGUCCAGAGCGACCACGCCCCAGCUCACCGACGUCUCCGAAGGUGUGGUUUGUGCUCCAGACUUGGACCAGCAGAGUCUGCACAGCGAGCCGGAGGACGCCUUCCUGCGGGACCUCCCGGAGUUCCCCUCCGUGGAGGAGUUUCCGUCCAUCGAGCAGAGUCUGCUUCACUUCCCUCUGCGCGGCCCGAGCCAGGCGGACGGCGGUCAGGCGGCGGCGGCGGCGGCGGCGGCGGAGCCUCCGAGCCCCGUCACCCUCCUCAUCCAGCACCUGGCCUCCCCGCUCCACUUCGUCAACACGCACUUUAACGGACACGGACGGCCGCCCGGGGGCGAGCAGGGCGCGCCGCCGCCCGCCCCGGGCCUCGCGGCGGAGCCGGAGGGGCGGGAGACGGAAGCGGCGGUUACCCAGGGUGCACAGCGGUCUCUGGAGGCUCUGAGCGAGGAGAUCGUGAGCACCGCCAUCUCCACCGUGGUGCAGAACACUCUGUCGGCCCUGCUGCGCUCCAGCGAGGCCAGCGAGGAGCCGUCCCUGGCCGAGUUCCUCCCCACCGACAUCCCGCCCGGCGCCCUGGACGCCACUUCCUCCGCCGCCGCCGACACCACAGCCACCAGGAUAGACCCGCUCGGUCCCGACGACGACGGCGCCGGCGAGGACUGCCCCGACGACACGCUAGUCCCCACCGAGGAUGAGGACUUCGAGCUUUUGGACCAAAGUGAACUGGAGCAGGCGGACGAGGGGCUGGACCUCGGCUCUGACGGACAGGCGGUGGGCGGAGCCUCCGGCACGCCGCCGCCGCCUCAUCUGCAUCAACCUCAGUCAUAGCUGCCCCCCCCCCCACUCCCCCCUUUAACCCCGCCCACCCCCGCCCCCGACAUGCAAGCGUUUUGAUUUGUGAGUCAGAGUGGCGUAACAAAUACCCAUACAUCCUGCAACGCACCGCACAUCUACCAGAGGUCAGAGGUCACUGCUGCUGGUCACGGGCUGUGCAGCAGAUCGUUCGUACACACCGUACACACGUCCAAAUGUUUUUUUUUUUUUUUUCCCUCAUCCGUUCGUCGGUAAACCCGUCGAUUCCCCUCUGAGGUUUGAUAUUCAGCCGCUCGUUGCCCGAAGGCAGAAUCACCGGCGUGACUGGGAAUCGUACUUCACACCAUCCGUACGGAAGAGAAGCUCCUGCACCGUCUGCGACACACACACACACACACUCGUUCGGUUUGUACACCGCCGCCUCGGGGCGUGUAUGUGUGUUUCCCCAUGACGAGUCCAUGCAUGCCGUGCGUCACGCAUGUAUUCCCCAUGAUCGGCGUGUGUGUGUGUGUGUGUGUGUGUGUGUGUGUGUGUGACAGGCCAGUUUUAGAGUGUAACAGGGACUGGAGCAGCUCUGUCCUUCUGAAUCAUCCGUCCUGAUGGAGGAUUUGGUUUUCAAGUUUCAAAAAAAAGCAAACAGACAAACCGUUGGUCAGCUGGACCGCUCGGCAUCCAGAUCUCAGGUUCGGGUGGCACAAAGUGAACCUGCCGUGGCAGAACUCGCCCGUUCUCUGACCCUGUCGUAGUGCACUGUAUUUGUACUAACCUCUUUAUUUUCUUUCAGUCAGCGCCUCCUUGUGUAUAGUGUAGAAAAGCUUCAAAAAAAGAAGAAAGUGUAUAUUCUGCAUGUAUAAAAAGCACUCUGUUCAAGUUCUCCUUGUCAGCCGACAACGUUCUGCACAAUGUGUGAGGGGGGAAAGAAAUCCUUUGAAUGUUUCAGGUUAAAUGAGCCCAUUGAUAUUUAUAUUGCAUUACCUGUGAGGAGAGUCAAACUUUUGAUGCGUCCUUAUUUUUACGGAAAUGGGCGACGAGUUCUGACAUCGGAUCUGAAGAAGGAAAUUAACAGACUAGUUUGUCUAUGGUUAGUUGUGUGUUUCUGCUUCUUAAACUAUAAAUAUAUAUAUAAAUACGAAAAAAGGCCCUUACUGAACUGUACAAUUUAAAAAAAAAAAAAAAGGAAUAUAUUUUCUAAUUUCUCCUUUUUCCAUAAAGUGCUCAGUUUGAUCUUUUACGUCUUUAAAAAAAAAU